CUUGGUCACUGAUCUUCAUAACCCCAGUGUUCAAAUCGUUGCUGAUGAGAACCUUGUCGAUCUGGAAUACACAGACGACCUCCUCAUCUUUGAAGACGAGGGGAAAGCACGAGCUCUGUGGAAUAAACUGACCGCCAUACUACCAUCUUUCAGCGUUCGCCCAGCACCUUCAAAAUGCAACGUCAGGCUUCAGAACAUACAGUCUCUAAACCUACCCCUUACAGUUCAAGCAGAAGAAGUGGAGGUUGUUGAGAAUUGUGCAUACCUUGGUAAUUGUGUUAGCUCUGACGAAAGUAUGUCUGAUCAGACUUUAUUCACCUUCAUACUCCUCCGGCUGUUUUUCGUGUCGGAUAUACAGAAACGUGAACGUUUGCAAGUCAUUCGCACUGUUUUCCCACUAUCAUUUUGUUAUGCUGUUGAUAUCACAAUGGGUAUUGCCGGGACGGGAACACUAAGCCAGCUAAACCAUUUCAAAAACUUGUCUGUAUGCAGAACUGUUCGCCCCUUAUCCGUUUACGUCACCGUGGGUCUGAUGGUUCUUGGUGCUGCUGUAGCCGCACUGACUGUUCGCCCCUUAUCCGUUUACAUCACCGUGGGUCUGAUGGUUCUUGGUGCUGCUGUAGCCGCACUUGGUGAUAUCACAUUUGAUCCACUUGGUUAUACUUUCGUCUUCAUCAACAACUUCUCCACAGCUGGGAAGGCGCUAUUGUCUAAGUCACGACUUCGUGACAAGGGCUAUUCUAGCAUUGAGCUGUUGUACUACAAUUCUGCCUUCAUGAUUCCCUUCCUAUUGGUCGUCACAGCACUCACGUCAAAUGUUUUCCAGAUAAUUAAUUUCAGUUUUUGGACCAAUCCUAUCUUCAUUCUAUACUUCAUAUUUUCCUGCUGCUCGGCUGUGUUACUCAACUAUUCUAUGCUCCAGUGCACGCAUUACACGUCCGCACUGACGGCUAGUAUCGUUGGAGUGAUUAAAAACAUCAUCGUCACGUAUGCAGGGAUGUUCAUCGGAGGAGACUAUGUAUUUACGCCGACUAACUUUACUGGUGUCACAAUCAGGCAAGUCAAUGCGGUCGCCUCCGCCAUGUACGUGGCAGCGACCUAUAGAAAACAACCGCAGGAAUCAGGGGUCGAGGUUGCUGCUCGGAAAAUGGAGUCCACAGUCCUCUCUGUUCCAGCGGUACAAGACAAAGAACAAGCAGGAUGAACCAACCGAUUUUGCGAAUGCUUCCAAUUUUCUCGAGUUGUGGCAUAACUUUUACACGUCCGUACAAUUUUAUCAGCAAAAAUUGAGACACAUCAAAUGACAGAGGACUUUAUAUUUUCUUCUCCGCCUCGCCUCAGACUUCUUAUGCUUCUUCAUCGGCCAUGCUUUUAGUAAUCGAGGGACUUACGCGCCGGAAGAAGUAAAACGACCAUUGCAAUAAAGUUCCUUGUUCGGAUCCG